AUGGCAAAAGCCGAACCAGCACCAUGGCCCGACCGCGACACAACGGCGCCAUCCACCUGGUCCGACACAUCAGCGACGGCCAACAACCAUUCCGAACCCGAGCCAGACCACGGCUACGCGACCGACAAACCGGACCCGUCCACAGCAGCUCCCACAAAUGCGCCAACCAACAACCCCCCCUCCGACCCUCCACCCCCUGAUACCCUAGCCCCCCCCGACGGCGGCGUGCUAGCCUGGAUGCAAGUCGUCGCCGCCUUCUCCGUCUUCUUCAACACAUGGGGGAUGCUCAACACGUUCGGCGUGUUCCAGACCUACUACGAGUCGGGCGCGCUCUUCCAAGGCACCAGUUCCUCGACCAUCUCCUGGAUCGGCUGCAUCCAGGCCUUUGCCGUGCUCGCGACGGGGCUGCUCAGCGGGCCCAUCUACGACCGCGGCUACCUGCGCCACCUGCUGGCGGUGGGGUCGUUCCUGGUGGUGUUUGGCUUCUUUAUGCUGAGCAUCUGCAAGACCUACUGGCAGGUGCUGCUGGCGCAGGGGUUUUCGGUGGGGAUUGGGGCUGGGCUGCUGUUUGUGCCCACGGUCGCGGUGCUGCCGACUUACUUUAAGGCUCGGCUGGGGCUUGCUGUGGGACUGGCUGCCGCGGGUUCGUCCGUGGGCGGGAUCAUAUACCCUAUCAUGUUCUACAACCUGCUGGAUAAGGUCGGUUUCGGGUGGUCGACGCGCAUUAUGGGCCUUCACCGCCCUUGCGACCUUGGCGGUACCACUGGUGGUUCUGAAGAUGCGCGUGCGGACCGGCCAAGCCGCGCGAGAUAUCGACUGGUCCGCUUUACCGACUGGCGUACGUCGCCUUCACCCUGGGGUGGGAUGGUGGGUUUUAUCGGGCUGUACGUGAUGCUGGUGUACCUGUCGUACUUUUCCGCUGCGUCUGGCGUCGCCGACCCAGCCAUGGCCUUCUACCUGGUCCCGAUUCUGAACGCCGCCUCGACAUUUGGGCGCACGCUGCCCAACUACCUGUCGGACAAGAUCGGCCCGCUGAACCUGUUCGGUCCCGCGGCCGCAGUGUGCGCCGCCCUCACCUUGUCCAUGAUCGCUGUCACAAACCUCGCCGGCGUGACGGUCAUUGCGCUUCUCUACGGCUUCUUCAGCGGCGUAUUUGUGGCGCUGCCGCCGGUCUGCUUCGUGCAUUUGACCAAGGACAAGUCGAAGAUUGGGACGAGGAUCGGGAUGGGCAUGGCGACUUGUGGGUUGGGUGUUCUCGCUAGCGGCCCUGGAGGCGGCGCCAUCAUCGGGACGGAUCCAGCGAACCUCCACUGGCACCGUUUGUGGAUUUUUGGCGGCUGUUUGAUGAUCGCCGCGGGCAUCAUACUUUCCGCCGUGAGAGUGGUCGGCAAGGCCCUGGAUACCCAGGUCGAGGGACCGGUGCAGUUCCCUGUCGUGGGCCGAUAUGUGCCAGAGCAACUCGCGCAUUCGAUGACGUGCUCAGACGGUGAGACACAGCACGAGUCCGACCGUUUGGGGCCGUCUGACAUGCGCAAUCUCCGACAAAACUCUGGCUUUGUCGGCGUUAAGCUUAAUAACAUUCCGCGUUAA